CGAUAUGGUCAACUUCAGCUGGAGAGGAUCAUGCCUUCCCCCAGCAAUAUUGGUUUUAUUUGCCCAAGCUGGUAUUCCCCGAGUACUGGCAGAUGCUCUAAACACAUCUACAACCAUCGGCAUAUACAACACAUCGCACACCCCAUCUAACCUCCCUUGGGACACCUACAACUACUGCAAUGGCCCGCACGUUAACGCGGCGUACUACGUGCUCCCAGAAUCACACACCCCUGGAGUAAAGGGCAGCACGCUCGUGUACGUGAACAGCAUGAUGCGCCAUCACAAGCGCACACCGGAUAACCUCUACCCAUCCGAGCGCGCGCUGAACCCUCCGAGCGGGUGGAACUGCACUGAUUUUAUCCAGAUGGAGUACGCGGGCGGCGCGGCGCAGGUGUAUCACGAAACCGUUAUCCCUUCCUGGCACCCGUUCGCGUCUCAAAUUUGGGCGGGAAGCUGCGACGAGGGGCAUUUGACAGUGGAAGGGCUAGCGGAUGCUAUACAGCACGGCAAGGACUUUUGGUCCGUGUACCACGACACACUCGGGUUUCUCGACAACGUGUCCGAAGACGAGUUAUACGUGCACGCGACAUACGAGCUACUCACACAGCAGGUUGCAAGCGGCGUUCUGUACGGCAUGAACCCCACGACUGUCGACCGCCGGGUGCCAAUAUACGCGCAGCCUGAACUUAUCGACGCGUUCGUACCCGCCUACGCAUGCCCCGCCGCAGACGCCAUCCGCACCGCCUACCAGUCUGUGCCUGCGUGGUCGGACCACCUCGUCCAGCAUCAAGCAUUACAAGACCACCUCGCAGAGAUGCUCGGCGUGCAGGGUAUAAGCGCGUGGCUCAGCUGGUAUGACCAUUUCUUCGACACGUUCACCUCGCGGACGUGCAAUGACCACCCGCUGCCGUGCAACGCCUCGGGUGCGUGUGUCACCUGGGAAGAGGCCGAGACGGUGUUUGGGAUUGGGGACUGGGAGUACAACUACAUCUGGAACGCGGCGCAAAACGCGAGCACGUACAACUCGCUUACUUUCAGCGUUGCAUUUGAAGAACUCUCAAUGAACUUCAAGCGCUUCCGCGCCGGAAACGAAACGCACAAGAUGCGCUUCUACGUCGCACACGACGGCUCGAUGAUCCGCCUCAUGUCAGGCCUGGGAUUUGGAAAAGUCGCACCACUCCGAUGGCCCGAGCUGGGGUCGGAGAUUGUGAUGGAGGUAUGGCGCGAUGCGAGCGCUGAUCAACAUGUCCGCGUGAUGUUUCAAGGAACACCUUUCCCAAGUCUGGAGUGGGUGCCUCUGAACGAUUUCAUUAGCCUGCUGGAUGCGAGCGUCGUCCAGAAUGUGUUCGAGACAUGCAACACUAGUAGUUCCUCGAGUUAGAAAGCUGUAUAUGGUGUUAUAGAGUAAUUUCAAUAUACAGUUUACGGC